AAGUAGCAUGGUUUUGCAACGUGGACGCGCUGAAUCCUUACGAUCUCGCACGAGCGAUAGUCUUCGCUUGAUUCGGUAGAGGUCGGUUAGUCUGCAGCGACUCCAGCGCUCGAAAGAGGUUCAGUCGCUUCGCGCGCCUCGUGCCGUUGUGUUGCAUCUAUUCUCUACCGAUUGUCGAUCGUGAAAAACGGAUUGUUUCGUGUGUUAAUCAUUGUUUGAAAGUCAGUUUUUUACGUGUAGAUAUUAUACAACAGUUUACGAAUAACGUGAUAUAUAUUUUUUUAAGUGUUCGUUCUUUUUUUCCCGAAUUUUUCCAAGUUUCGUUUUGAAAGUUUCCGGCUCGGCCCACUGGCUGAGGUCCGGCCGAGAGACGAAUUAGGAGGGAAUUUAUCGGUUUCCGAUCCCGAACGAUCGACCUCGCGAAAGUGGAACGGCUACGUGAGAUCCGGUUUUCGGAAGGACGAAAAAAUAUGAGCAUCUCGUGAAGUCGGUUAAAGUGCAGCUUUCAGACAUCGAAGGAGUAUUACCAUGGAGACCGAAGAACUCACUAGACUCGUAGAUGAGAUCUACAAGAACAUCCUGGACAAGUUCAACCCGGGGGCCAGGCAGCUGAUCAACGCCGGCAAGGCAUAUUUGAAAGCUCUUCAUGGAGCCGCAGCCGCAUCCAGGGUGUACGUGGACGCAUUGUCUCGAUUAGCACGCCAGGCGCAACUGGGUACAUGGGGUGGUUCCAAGGAUGUCGGCUUCGCGCUGAUGAGGAUCGUCGAGGUGUACAAGGAGAUACAGGAGCAGGAGAUGAAUAUCCUGAAAGCGUUCUACGUCGACCUACUGGUCCCCCUCGAGACGAAUCUGGAGAAAGACACCAAGGUCGUGCAGAGCGAGCAGAAGAAGUUUCUGCAGCAGCACAAGACCAGGUCCGAAACUUAUAGCAAAGCGGCGGCCACGAUGAAGAAGCAGAGGAAAAAGUCGAGGGGCGCGAGCAAGAGUGGACUGGCCAUGGACAAAGAGCUGAAGAAUAUGCAGAUCCUCGAGGAGGAGAAGUCUAAGCUAGACGCCUUUUGUGAACAGAGUUUGAAGAAUGCUAUGACUCAGGAACGAAGAAGGUACGGCUUUGUUCUCGAACGACAAUGCUCGUUGGCGAAACAUUAUGCGAGUUUUCAUGAGGUCGCGUUAGCUGCUCUUCAUCCCUCGGUUGAUAAGUGGCGCGAGGUAGCUGCUACCAGGGAAUAUUUACCCCAAUCCGUGGAAGAUAUGUUCGCUUCCAGGCUUAGACAAGUGUCAUUCUGGCCGGAGGACGAAGAGAACGGUGGAUCCGAAUUAACGAUGAGCUCACAAUUGAGAAAGACCAGAAGCAUGGAUAGUUCUUGCUUGGAACUUCGACCUGGGCCGCCAUCCGGAAAUGUGCCAAGUACCACUUAUCAAGGUCCAACCUCGCAUCUUUCAUCCGCCCUCUCGAGAGCAAGAUCGGAGGCCAAUCUCCACGCUUCGACAUUGUCCCUCGAUCCAGAGGUACCGGAAACUCCGCCAAGGCCGAGGUCCAUGGCGCCCCCGGCAUCACGCAACAGCGGAAGCGGAGGCGGUGGAGGCAGCGGGACAGGGGUGAGCUCCGGCGGAUGGGGUGACGCACCCCUCGCGAGGGCCCUCUUCGCCUAUUUGAGCUCGGGGGAAAAUCAGCUGAGUUUCCUCGAGGGCGAUCUCAUCGCGUUGAUGGGAGAUCGUCAGAAAGGGUGGCAAUUUGGGGAGAAUCUCCGCACACAGAGUUCCGGAUGGUUCCCACUGGCGUACACAGAAAUUAUUAUCGACGAUAGUCUAGGAUCGCCGAGUCACGGAACAAACAAUGGUCGCGCAUCGGAGCCACAGGCGGUUCCACCCUGUAAGCCGCCACCCUCCCGCCCGCCAGUGACACCGAGCAUCGAUGAAGUGUCGAGUGGAUUCCAUGGGGUGGGAAACAACAACGUCAACAACAGUAACAACAAUAACAGCAGUACAGGCACACCCACUAAUGUGCCGAACAGCAACAGUUCUCACAAUUUGGCGACACCUACUGCACGUCAAACGAAACCGAUCCGUCCAUCGGGCACAUUGCCCACUGUUUUGGCCGGUGGCCGGAGGAUACAGCCACCUGCUCCACCCGUUCCGCCCCCUCAAGUCGUGACGUCUCUUCACAGCAGUAACGACAGCGGUUUCUCAAACGAGCCACCAGCUCAACCGGACAUCGACUACAGCGACGACGAGGCCAUGAGACAACGAAGAAGAAAGCCGCGUGCCGAUAGAAUAACGGAGGCGGUGAAGCAACACCAGAAGGAAGACAAGUCGAACGGCAAGGAUUGGGAGAACGAUUCCUGGAAGACGAUACCGAGGGACGAGAAGAGCUGGCACCUUUACAGGACAGCGAUGGACAUUUGGGCGGAGGCGAAUGCGAAUCAGAGCAACGAGAACGGGGAGGCGAGGUACCAUCAGCAGAAUCGCCACUACAACAGUCAAGAACGGAAGCGUGACUUCUCGGACCGCGCAGUUAUGGAGAACGGACCGGGCAGGAAAUCCGGGAAGAAAUCUGCGCAGGAGAGAGGGCAGAAGAACGAGUACGAUAACCGUGGCCGCGUUAAUCCCGGCCACAAGGGCAAGCCGUUGAACAACGAGGAACAAUCUAGGAAAUCUACGAGGAGGAGCAACGAGCAAACCGAGCAGGAACGUGGCAGGGAGUCGAAGAGGAAGGAGCAAGAGGAGACCGAGGAGGACGAGAUAGAGUUGGAGGAGGAGGAGGAGGAGGAUACCUAUGGUGGCAGGAUGGAUUAUCAGAAGUACGAUGGGAAGAAGUAUUACGGAGACAGAAGCGAGGGCCAGGAUAACCGCAACUCUCGUCGAGGUUAUCGGCCGAUUGCCCAGGAGGAGGCGAAGUACGAGAACGAGAAGAUGAUGUCCUCGGUGUCUUCCUCGGGGACGGAUGACGAGAGCACAAUCACGAUUCCAGAGACCGGCAGAAAGGUGGAGCAUAUCGCGCAGAAACUGGAGCAAACGGCGCAAAAGUACGCUCGUGAGCACAGUCCUCCCAAGUUCAUAGAACGAAGGAACGAUUACAGAAGUUUAGAGCGCAGGGAGGAUAAGCAGCCACCCCCGCCGUACGAGAGGUAUAACGAUUGCGAGAGGAAUCGUGGUGGGCCACAGAGGUUCGAGAGGGAGAGGGAGAGGGAGAGAUACUUGGAAAAGUCUCCAACCACGGCCCAGAAGACGUCCACUUACGAAAGGGAAAGAACGUUCGAGAAGAAUCCCGAUAGAAAUAGGAACAUCGAGCGAGCCUCGAGUCGCCGCUUCGAGAGGCCGAGGCCGCCCUCCGAAGAAGCUCCUGAGAGACCGACCGAGCCCCGCAACGUCUACAGAGAGCGUAGAUACUCGGACAAGGAGGAAGCUAUCUACGGAGAGACGAGAUACGUAAGAGAAAACGUGUCUAUGGACAAGGAACGCGGCUACGAGUCGAAUUUCGAGACGAAGCUCGAGAGGACGAAGGUGAUCGAGAGGCACGGUUAUCAGAAUCUUGGGCAGAGCAAUCUUCAGAAGUUCCAGAGGAACGGGCAAAUCUUGGAGAAGAACGACACGAAUAACAAUAUGCUGAAAGACGACAAUAGGAAACCGUUGCUACCAAGGCAGACGACCGCGGUUGGGCACCUGAUACAGACCGGUAGAGCGUUCGAUGUCGAUUCCAAGAGUCCUAAAUUGGUGAAGAGAACGAAAUCCUUCUGGAGGUUCAGGAGAGAUUCCGACGUUCUCGAAGGGAUGGCACUUUGGCAGCACAGAUCCCUGGUCGACAUUCCAAAAAUGAUCAAAAAGGAAGCGAAGGAGGACGCCAUGGACGAUUCGAAGAAGCAGAGCCCGGAGGGUAGCCCGAAUUCUCGGCAAAGUUUGGAGAAAAGGAACAGUGACGUGACGAUCACCAACGAUUCGCAUCACGAGGAGCCGAAACCGGCUGAGAGGAUCCACGUGCCCGAGAAAUCGGAUUACUUCGAGGAUUUCCCUACGCCCGCGGAAAGACCAAAGACUGUCGAGCGGUCCGAAUAUCGAAUGCACCAGGACGAGAGAUCCUACUUCAUGGGCAAUGUAUCGCGGAAAGCCAUAAUCGAGAAGGAAAGGAAGCGGAGCCUGGAGGCUAAACGCAACAUGAUAGUGGCCGAAUUGAAGGAGAACAACGAGGCGAAGAGGAACGAGAGGAGGAAAAAGUACACGGACGACGAGGACGGUUUGACCCAGACGUUGAGCGAGACGGAAGCAUCGGACGAGGAGUCUACGUACAGUUGCAUCGUGGUCAAAGAUCAAACAGUGGCCGAGAAGACUCUUCUUCCUAGAACUAAACUCCGUAGGGAUUCUGACCGAGAUAAAAAUACUUGUGGACCGUGGUACGACCUUUGGGGAGUGGACGCCUCCGUGAACAAGAAGAAGAAGAAGAAACAGCAAUAAAUCUAUUAAACUCUCUUCUUCGUCCACCGCGUCUUGAAUCAGUAUCGUUGUUUGAAUCCCUCGUGGGCCUCGAACUGGAAGUGUUUUAUCACGUCUCGAAGUUUAUUAAAAAACGUUAUUACGUCGAGUUAUUAUCACGUACAUACGUCGACGAGACGUGAGAUCGUCUUCUUUCGAAAAAGGAUCCGAAACGAAACGAGAUGAUCGAUUUUUGAGACGAGAACGAGCUCGAGGAUAAGAGAAGAUACUUACGAUAUGAUUUAUAAUUUUAAGAUUUUGCUCGUUUUUUUAUUAUUUUUUUUUUUCUCUUCUUCUUUUGUGUUUGUCGUUAUGUUCCAGUUUUAUUAUAUCAUCUCCACCCUCGUAUAUCAGAUCAACACCAUGAAUGACCGUUUCGCAAGUCUUCCACAUAGUGCAGUUCCCAUUGCUUUUUUUGAUACGUUUAAGCCUAUGUUUUGCGAGCAUAGUUGUUAUUUUAUUACUGCUUUCGUCGACGCUUGUUUAUGAUCGGAUAUCAUUGUGUUGACGUUAAGCAUAAAGCAUAUCGUAAUUUAGAAUGCAAGGAACAAGUUUUGGUCCAUAUUUAUAUCAGCCUGUCACAACGAUGGAAAGAACAAUGUUAUGGAUGAUGAUUCAAUCGUAACUCUUGUUGGAUUCGUCGUUCAAUGAUUAUUUUAUUAACGUGUAUUGUGAAUUUUUCAAUUUUAAUUUCAAAUUUCUGAUCAACCAUUAAAUUCGAUGGUUUCGAAUUAAUUCUCUAACAAUUAAAAGUUUCACGCUUGAUUCGUAUUUUUAUUCGCGCUUCGACAAUUAAUUGAACGAAACACGAGUAGAAAAGUUUUUAGAAAUUUAAUCGUAUGCUUGAAUGAUCGGAAUUAAAUCUGUCAGUUACCAUAAAUCGUUCCUGUCGAUGCAUAAACGAACGCAUAAAUAAUAUUGCGCGCAUUUCCACGACAGGCUUAAAAACGAUCGUGUAAACUAGUUUCCGCAUUAAUAAUUAUUCGAGUUCGAAACUUUGUGCCCAUUCCUUCAUUACCCGUGUAAAUUAGUUUCUGACCGAAACAAUUUGAUACUCGAUGUCGUAACAUUCAUUCGACUGUUGCAUAUGAAUAGACUGUAGAUUCUUAUGCAAAUUUAUUCAAAUAUUUAACUAAAUCAUAGAAAACUUAACAGAUUAUUUUAAUAAAUAUAUCUUAUAAGUAAUGCAAAUAAUAGUUUUUUUAAAUUUUUUCUUGAUAAAUUGUAUCGUUUAUUCGAAAAAAAAAAAUUAAUUUAUAUAAUGAAACUUUAUCCUUUUACGAACACAACUAUUCAAAAUUUUUGCAAUUUUCGAUACGCCACAAUCAUAAUCAACAUUCAGAAUAUUAUUAGAUUUAUUUAUAACAUUUAGCUAUUAUGCAGAUGAAACUGGUAUAAAAGGAAAGAUAUGUUACAUUGAUUGAUAUUUAUGUAAUAUAUGCAAAAUAUAUGCGAUACAAAAUUUUUGCAUUUGCAUAAAAAUCUGCAGUUUGCGCACGAGUGUUCACGAAGAAUUCAAUUCCAUUCCCACGAUGUUUCAUUUCGAUAUGUCAUGAAGGAUACCAUUCGUUGCUUUAAAUUUCUUUUUUUUUCUUUUUUUUGGGAGGGAGGGGGGGAAUUUGAUAUCACUAUGCCAGUGGUGUCGUAUUUUAAUCCAAACGAAUUUUUGUCGCAACUGUAAAAAAUCUUCAUCAAUCGUUUUUGUUUUCGAACGUUUGUGCGUUUGUGUGUAUGUUCCGUUUCAUUUUUGCGUAGCUCGAAGAAUUCGUUUGCGUAUCUUCUUUCAUAGCACUUGCCAUCCGAUGAAAUUUGAAUGUUAAAUAGCGCGUUGUUCUCGUGCGAAAAAAAAUUUUCAUUUUUAUUUGUGUUUACGCUUCGCAUGAAAUAUCGUGUCAAUGUUGGAGAAUCGCUGUAUGCUGUCCAUUGUUGUUCUGUGAUACUGUAACGUCAGUUUAUUGUAACCAAUCUACGGAUUUCUGCGGAUUUUGCAAUUUUUAUUUCCAAUUUUUGCAUGGAAUUUUUUACAUUUUUUUCAUGGUAAAUUUAUAGCUUGCGAAAGAUUUUUUUACAAGUAUAUCUUUUAAGAUCAAAGCAGUUCAAUCUUUCCUGUUAAAAUUUUCGUUUAGUCUCUUAUCUUUUCUAUCAUGCAUAAGUUGUCCGGAAAUAAAUUGCAGUUUUUAUUGAAUAUUUGAAUUACAAAUUUUUAUUUCAAUUUAAAAUUUAGUUUUGCAUUCUUCUUUUUUCGCUUCUUGGUUUAACAUUUAGCGACUGACGCGAGGAUUUUUUAUUUCAGAACGGCUGACAAUCGCGUCAUAAAAAUGAAAAAAAAAAGAAAAAAUUCAAAAGACAGAAAUUUAAACAAUAGAAUUUUCGAGCAUUCGAAUUUCCCUUUUACAUGCAUCCUUGAUUUUAUUACGCUUUUGGCCAUUUUACUAUUACUUUUUACCAAAAUUAUAUUUAUCAAAAAUCGAUAUCCAGAGCUAAAAAUUCUUUUCGAUUUUCUUAUAUUCUUAAUUAUAAAAUAUCAUAUUUUUAUAUCUCCUCACAAUUAAUUAAUAAUAUUUCAAACGAAAUAUAUUAAUAAAUCGCAAUUAAUUUCUGGGCAACUUGUUUGAAGAUUACUUUUAAAAUUUCUUACUUUAUUAAAAAAAAAAAGAAGAAGAAGAAGAACUGCUUGGAUAAAUGAGAAAAUUUAAAAAAAAAAUUCCAUCAAUUCUUUAUAGAGAUCCACAAUUUCGACUGAUUAAAUCCCCUUUGAUGAUUCGAUUCUUCCAGGACAAACAUAUUCGCAACGGUAAAGCUACGCAAAACGAAGACGAACGAUCGCUCGGCGCCGGCGUUGUCAUGAGAUAAACUCUUCAUCUAGAUUACUUUCCUCGCGUGAUGUUAGACGAUACCGACAAAGGUGGUGCCUCUCUGUCCGAGAGACAACAGUUCCUUUCACGAGAGAGCUUCUGAAACGACUCCGCUUCGGGAGAUGUUUCUCCUUCCCUUUUUUUCUUUCUUUUUUUUUUUUUUUUUUUUACUUUUUUUCAAGGCGUGAAUGUCCGUCCAACGAACACGUCUCACUUUGAUCCUCUAUGAAUAUAUAUUUCUUUUCCAACCAGCGGAGUUGAAGAUUUUUCAAGCUGAUGACGAUGAUGAGGCUCUGCUACGGAUACGGAAUUGAAAUUUGUUAACAGUUUUCUUUUUUUUUUUUUUUUUUUUUGCGAGUAAAAGAAUUCCUUCCGCUCAACUGUAACAAGUUUUAAAAGAUUUCAAUCGCGUUUCGAUCCAUCGAACGAAAUGGCACGAUCGAUGAUCGUAGAGUUAUUAGGGGACCAUUUGUACGAUCAACAACGAUACGUUUUUUAUACACGAAGUUUUUAAGAUCAUUACCUUGCGAGUAUUUUUUUAUCAUAGAGGAUUGAAAAUUAAGAGGACCUAAUAAGGAUCAUGAAAGUGUCUGUCUUCGUCCAGGUAAGAUUGACAAGUUUCUUCUGUAUUUUGUCUUUAUCGAUUGUUUCCGACAUUCCUUCUUGUCUAUGUAAUUAAUAAUUGUAAUUUUUGUUGUUUCGAUAAUUAUUUACGUUCUUUUGUAAGAUAGGAAUACGAACUUUCUUAUAUAUUUGUUCUUAUUUUUAUCUAGGAUUUAUUACUUUUUCUUUUUUCCCCUGAAAUUAACACUUUAACAACUGCUAUCGCUUUUAUAUAUGUGAUUUAUAAUUUUUUACAUCAACAUAUUCCUUGUCCAGUUCGUUUGUCCGUGUUUAAACUAAUGUUUUUAAUCGCGAUUCGAAAACUUUUUCAUUUCUAUUGAAUUGAAAAAGUAUUGCGUAGUAAAAUAACGCUAAAAUAAAGCUAAUCUAUAAUAAAAAAGAAAAAAAAAUAUUAGAAGAAAAUUUACAAUAAGUAUAAUUAAUUCUCAAUAGUUUUUCUUCUAAUAAUAAAAUUCCAAACUUACUACACGAAUACAACAAACGUUCUCAAGUAACAAGAGAAAUUGAUCGAAUUUUUAAUCUUAUAUUUACUUUAAAAAUUUAUCUAAGUGUUACUAACUAUUGAAAUGCAGUUGUCAAAGUAUUAAUUUUUCCAAUAAAAAAAAACAAAAAAAAAAAGAAAAACAUCUUUACAAUAUUCCCAAACAAGAAAGCGUCCUAUCCUUCAUGUACUUCGCAUUGUGCCCUACAUUUCCCCAUCCCUCGUUUAGUGCAUCCUGUAAUCAUGUAAAUUAGUAUAUCGCAGUGCCACGUUCCCUCAUUCAUCUUAUACGUUACCACCCCUCCCCUCCUCCACCAACUAGAUCCGAUCGAAAAUCGAUUCGAACGCGAAAGCAACCAAGCAAUUCUUUAUCUUUAUCGGAAGCCCCCGCGCUUUAUUUCCGGCCAAGUUAAUCCCCGACGCCGUUUCCUCUCCUUCGACGACUCUGUCGCGCCGUCACGGAAUGAAACUUUCAUUCUAGACGUCGUAAAGCCGCUUUACGUCCACGGGCGGCCACGGGUUAAGGCUCGUAAAAUUUCACUCCUCAUUUUUUUCUCUCCUUCUCCUCCUCCUCCUUCUUCUGUGUUCGCGCGCGUUUCCCCCACUGUCACGAAGCUUUUUCUCCACUGUCGCCGACUUCUUCGGCUUGUUCGUCUGUGAAAAUAAACCCUGUGAAAGCGUGGCACUGGUUUUUUUCCUCCCCAUCGCCUCCUCCUCGUCGAGAUACGUGUUUCGUCCGGGGAGGAAAACCGGGCUCUCGAGUUUCGUGACUUUUGUUCCGGUUCCAUCUGACGUGCACGUUUUGCAGCCCCCCUCCCCCUUUCUUCCCCCUUCUUUUCCUUCUUAAUCUCGCUUCCUUUGCUAUCGAAUUCGCUCCACUUAUUCCAGGGUAAUAGGAUUCGUUAGAUACGUGUAUCUCCACACUGCCAUGAUUUGUUAUGGUCAAUUUGGAUUAACUCUUUCAGUGAUUCUUGAUAUAAAAUGUAUCACAUUGUGAUCGUGGAAUGGUACGAGCGAUAUCGAUCGAACGAUUAAUUAAUUCUUCGAAAGCGAAAAUAUUCUUCUUUGGGAGUGAAAAGUGUUUUGUUGUGUUGGGAGUAAUUGUAACAGUCUUUUGGAUUGGCAAAUGUAUAAAAAAAUGGAAAAGUUUCAAUAUGGCUUUUGCGUUAUACUUUGUUUAUUAUACAUUGUUACAAUUGUGGAACGAAGGCCUAUUAAAUAUUCCAAAAUACGUAAGAAGGGACGUUAAUAUCUUUUAAAAAUUACUGAAAGGGUUAAUAUUGAAAUAGAUUUAGUACAAUUUAGGUUUCACUUAAGAAGAUAUAAAACAUCGCGAUAUAAAAACAUGAAUUUUUAAACGAAUAUUCAUAGUUGUAGGAUUUCACUGUGUUAUUACAGUCAUUCACUUACGUUUGUAUUUAUACGUUCAUUUGAAUAGGAAAUACGUAAGUUUCAUAUAUAUAUAUAUAAAUAUAUAUUAUGAUUAUAUUAUAUUUAUGAAGAAGAAAAUAAUACACGAUUGUCUCUACAGCUACUCCAACUGCCUAUAUGAAUUUAUACUUCUACAUAACAUGAUUUCGAGUAUUCAAGUUUUUAAAAACUUGUGACUCUAGAUUUUUCCAUAUAAUAUUUUGUAUCUUCAAGUUGUUAACCCUUUUAAUAUUUAUAUAUUGAUUCACUUACACGAUGUUGAAUUGUAAAUAUAAACCGUUCUUGGGUUAAACAAGUUAAACUUGCAACAAAAUAUCGUCGAUUCGCAAGAACAAUGACAUAAUUGGCAAUUUUUUUUUCAUAUAUAUGAUUUCAGAAAUAUAUUCUAUUUCUUUCGAUAAUGAAAAUUUGAAAAACGUGCCAUUUUUUGUAAUUUAACGAUAAUUUUAUCUCCUUGUAGUAGAUUUCUUUGUGAAAUUGAAAUAUUGGAUCGUAAAGGAAUAGGUUCGAUAAUCGAUGCAGUUAUUUUAUUUUAUUCGACAGCGCUGGAAUAAGGCUAUUUGUUACAAGAACCUUUUCCAAGUAAUGAAACGUCAGAUUCGACAAAUAACCGCACUCUUAGUUGGAUACUAAACUUCGAAAUUUGUGUUUCGAUAAGGAACAAGCAACAAAUUUUAGACCUCAGCUGGAGGAGGUUCGACUCUAUUUGCCCUAUAAAACGGAAUAGCCUCACCUAUAUUCAGUAUCACUAAACUGGAAUACUCUUCUUUCAGAAACCUGAACGCUUUACCAAUCAAACACAGCAAGGAUUCUAUUUUUUAAAAUUGAAACUAAUAAAGAUCAAAAUGAACGAUCGAAGAUUCUUCAAAAUUUGAUACAACAUGAUAUUCAAUUUUUCCCCAAUUCUGUCAUUGUUCUCCGCUCUUUUUUCACCACGAUUAUCCAGAAACAGACACGUUUCAGAAAAAUAUAUAAAUUUCCAACCAAGCUCAGAGCAUGAAGGAAAAUAAAGAGAUAAAAAGAAGGAACUAUCAGACUACGUAGGUGCACACACGAAAGACACGAAAAGUUGUGAACACCAGGAGGUCGAAAGAUCGCCCCGUAUCGAUAGAGAACUUUUACUGCGAAUUUUAUCGCGUGCACUGCCGCAGACAUUCCGAUGUUUUUCCAUUCCCGAAACAUUUCCACGGAAUCGGAAAAGCUGCCGAGUUCGUCAACGAGAUACGAGACACCGGUCGUAACGUAUCGAAAACAACCCCCUUAACAAAACUGUUUUAAAACUGUCUAACGCUUUCCAGCAAUUGGGAACCUAAGUGAUAACCACGGUCAUUCCUGGCUCGAACACUGUUUCGAAUAUUGUAAUUGUAAAUAACUGUAUCACGAAUCCUCGGAUAUGGAUAAAAGAAAAAAACAACGUAUUAUCGUUGCUCCAGAUCGACACGUAUUGUUAUCACUCUGCGUCACGUUGAAACAGAGAUAAACGAUAGGGCAGGAAUCUCGAGAUCUUUGCCCGAGAUGGAACGACACCCCUUUUUCGUCCGAAUAUUCGUAUUUUUUACUUUUUGUGUCGAUGAUUAAUCUUUGACCGUGUGAGUGAUCGUUUUAUUACGUAGAGACGGUAAAAUAGACAAUGAAAUUUAUAUAUAGGAAAUUUCGAAGGAAAGUUUCAUAUAAAGUUUAAAGAAAAAAGAAAAAAAAGAGAAAUGGAAAAUCGAAGAUGUAUGUCGAUUUUUCGACGAGUACAAAAGAGAAAUCCAAAAUAGUUGUAUAUAUUGAUAGUAACACACAUGUGAAAAGGGGUAGUUGGAUGUCUAGAAAAUUUUUGUUUCGCGUCUUCCAUGUAUUUUGAAAGAGAACCCAUAGAUUUUCAUAUCGUUCAUCCUCGAGUGUGUUAUGGAUUUCGAAAUAAUCAAAAAAGAAAAAAAAAAGAGAAAAGAAACUAAAAAUAGUCGACCUAUUAGAAAUUAGCUAAUUAAUAUUUUUUGAAAAAAAUAAAAUUAAAAAAAAAACUCUAUAAACACAAAUUUAUCGGAUCACAUCUCGCCGGUUAAGGAUUAAAACACACCCUAAAAAUAUAAUACUAAUCAAUUUCUAAAUAACAAUAUAUUUUUCACCAAAUCAUAGUAACGUUGUUCGGAGUUUUCCGUUCUAGUUUUAUAUAAUUUUUAUAAUCGGAUUGCUCGUCAUCGAUCUCGAGAUUCCUGAUGUAAAAUUACAUUACUUCCGAUGGAAAUACGAGUAUAAAAAGGAAAUUAAAAGGUUUAGGGCAACAUUUUUUUGCAAUUGCGUUUAGAUAAGCGAGCGAACGAGAGUCCAGAGAUAAGAGAAAGAGAGAGAAAAAUGUUAAUAUAUUAUAAAUACGCAUAUACCGGCGAGAAUGCCGGGUGGUUAGGGGAAAUUUAUGGAAACCUGUUCGUUUCAACCUGUGAAAAUUAUCGUUUGUCUAGUGAGAUUUUUCAUGGGGAGGAAACGAGACGGGUUUGACCGGCCACUUCCAGUGACAUUUUUAGAUAGUCUAGGGAAAGAAAAUGAUGAAAUUGUUAAUAAGAACCAUGUAUACAUGCAUAUACGUUAUAUAUAUAUAUAUAUUAUUGUUAUUAUAUUAACGUUUUUGUGCA